CCCGGGUUUGUGUGAAAGUGAGGACGUGCCUCGUACAGCUCCUUUAAAUGCCACCUCAGAGUAGGAAAGAAUCCAUUUUCAGAUUCAGCAGCUUCGUUUUGAAAUGAACAAGUUCAUUGCUGGGAUGGCUCUGCCACCUCCAGAUCCCCAGUUUGUGCUCAGAGGUACCAGUGCUGCCAUCCACACUCUGCACUUCUCCUGUGGAGGCCGAGAACCCGAUCCCCCUGUUCUGUUCUCUGGCUCUGAGAACGGGCUCAUCCAUGUCUGGAACCUGAAAACACACAGAGUGGACACAGCACUGGAUGGCCAUGGACGAAAAUCUGUCUACUGUGUGGAGACAAUGGGUGGUAAAGACAGACUCCUCAGCCAGGGUCGGGACCAGAGGAUCUGCCUGUGGGAUUUAGCAGAGGGCCGGACCUCGGUGACGGACUCUGUCUGCACGGAGCACGUGGGAUUCUGCAGGUGCUCUGUGGUGCAGCUGGCCCAGGGACGCUGGCUGAUGGCCACGGCAGCCAAAGGCCUGCAGGAGGUUCAGGUUUUGGAGCUGCCAUCCAAGACGUCAGUCUGUACCUUGAAGCCAGAGGUGGGUGCCAAGCUGGGCAUGCCCAUGUGUCUGAAGUUAUGGCAGCUCAGCUGUGGUUCCCAACCCUUGCUUCUGGCUGGCUAUGAAGAUGGAUCAGUGGUCCUCUGGAAUGUGACAAUGGGAAAAGCGUUGAGCCAACUCAUUUGCCACCAGGAGCCAGUGAUGAGCCUCGACUUUGACUCGGAGAGGACCAGGGGGAUCUCGGGCUCAUCUGAAAAGGUGCUUUGCAUCUGGAGCCUCAAUGAGCAACAGAACCUCCAGGUUUGCAAAACACACGAACUCGUCAACGCGGGCAUAGCUGACAUCACCAUCCGUCCAGACAAGAAGAUUUUAGCAACAGCAGGGUGGGAUCAUCGCAUCAGGAUCUUUGGCUGGAAAAAACUGAAGCCCUUAGCAGUGCUGGACUAUCACACAGCAACUGCCCACUGCGUGUCCUUCUCGGACCACAGGAACCCCCGGGACAGGCUGCUGGCAGCCGGCUCCAAGGACCAGCGCAUCAGCCUCUGGUCACUGUACACCCAGAGCUGACACCUGCCAGGGGCUGGGGCAGCACUCCUGGAACACAAACCUGCAUGGAGGGAACUCGGAGCAUCUGUCUCCAGGCUGAAGUGAGAGUCCCAGGUUAAUUCCUAAUGCUGCCUGUUUAAGCUGCAAAUUUUGUUUUCCAGAGAAGGACUUUUAAAAUCCAUAACAAGCAGAAAAAGGCCAGUCACAAAGACACAGAACAAGUUGCUUUGGGUUCUGCUACAGGUUUUGCAACAGCUUUUCUUUGGCAGGUUGCUGAAAUAACUUGUGCCAUUAUCUCUUGUGAAAAAGGACUGGAAUCCCUCAAACUGUGGUGGGGGCAGAAUACAUCUGUUUGUAAGCCAUUUAUGUAACCAAGAAUUUGAAUCAGUGCAAAAUAUCACUCUUUCUUGAAAAUUUAUACCCAUUAAACCACCUCCAGUGGUUUCUCAUUGUCAGUUACUUUUUCUUCCCUGUAACUGAAGGGCUAUCAGAACAACCUUGAUUUGUUCACACUUCUGUCAAGUUUCUAACUUAAACCAACAGCCAGGAAUGUGACUAGGGACGGCCUUUGGCACUUAUGAAUUUCAUUAUGUCUCCUGUCACCUCAAGCCUCACAAUUAAUCACAAAAAAGAAAGGGAAAAAUCUUCCCCUGCACUGCACUGCAAAGCUUUGUAAAGCCCUUUCCAGAGCAGUGCUAAAUCCUUCCCACAGGCUGACGAGCUGCAGGAUUUGAACUCAGCAAUCCAAUUAGCACCCUUCUCCUUGGAGACUUCGGGGUAGGUUUCAGCAGGGCAAGUCUGGGAUUCAGCCACACAACUCUCAUUAACAUUUAGGGGAAGUGCUGGGGUAAAUCCCUACCCACACGGUGCAAAUGGCUCCGUUAACUUGUCAUCUCUAGGGUUGUGGAAGCUAAAAUUCAUUCACGGAGGGUUUUUGGUUUGACUCAUGAAGCAGCAUUUGCAUUCUUCUGAGGCAUUUUAGACACCCUCCCCCCCGUGUGUUCAGAGCCACACCACUGCUGGAUUGGGUCACAAAGCUGCAGUGGCAACUGUGUCCAGGCUGGGCACUGUUGAUACUUAUUGGAAAUAAUUGUUUCUGCACUAUAAAGACCUAGAAAUCAAAGAAAAAGGCACCAAAAGUGCAGUGAACAGCAACAUCAAAGACUUUAGAAAUUAUUUCAGGACAAACACACAUGGAAAUUAAGGUCUGGGUCUGUUACCCAGCUGUGCUUUGCAGGCAGAGAAUACUGCUGGACUGAAAGCCUUAAGCACCCAGCCUGGUGUUCUUUCCAUUAAAACAGAAAUCAGGAUACUGUUGCCAGGCUUUUCUAAAUAAAACGUGGCCUUACACAUUUUGGAGUGUAAUGACAGUUUAAAUAAUGCAUUUCUUUGAUUAUUUCUUUACUAUUCAGUAGCUGCAUGGAGGAUCACAUUGCAGUUGAAAGUUAAAGCCUAAUUUUGAGUGAUCCCAAGUCAAGGGGAGGUGAUGGUGUUCAUUACAUCUACCAGACAGAGUUGCACAGACCAAGUGCUCCACCUCCACCCUCAUCCCCUCCCACACAGAGGAGGAGCUGCUCCCACUGCACACGCAGCUCCAGCCUAUGGAAUGAGGGGCCGUCUCCACAAAGCUGCUGCUGGAAGAGACCUUUUGUUCUUUUCCCCCUUUCUUAAGUCAGAACUGACAAAGAAACAAUGCAAUGAAUAACUAGAGAAAGCACUGCUGAGUGUGGUCCAGGGUCCAAAGCUCCCACUGGGCUGUCCUGUCAGGACACACCACACUGGCCUGGGGGUGUGAGGGGGGUGCA